AUGAAAAAAUUUUUAAUUUUAAAGGCGCUGCCUCCGGGCGGCCCCUCGCCCGCUGCCCCGCCGCGGGUCACACUUGAACCUCAGCCCGCCCGGCCCUCGCCCUCGAGGCCCCCGCCGAGAAAACCCCCACACGGCACAACGCCCACCGGCCCCCCCGUCUGCGCGGCCCUGACCCGGGCGGCGGGAGCAGGUCGGCGGCGCGGCCCCGGGCCAGAGGACGCGCGCGGCGGGGCGGAGAGCAGCCGCCUUCACCACCCGGGCCCUGACGGAGGAGCAGCAGCUCCGGCGGGCCCCUCCCCCCCGGCCCCGGCGAACUUCGCCGGCCGCUCGGACGCCCGCCCCGGGCGCACCCGCUCCGCUCCCUCCCUUCCCGGGCGGCCCCUCCGGCGGAGCGCGCCGACUCCCGAACCCCGGCCGGGCCCCGAGAGCCCACCACCCGCAUCAGCCACUUCCCGGCCCCGCGGGGCACGCGCUGCCCGCCGAGACCCUCGCACGGCCGCCCCCUCAUGUGCCGCAGCGGGAGCCGCUUCUCGGCCGAGCUCCCUGAAAUCCGGCCAGGGCACCGGCUCCAAGUGCGGGCCGAUCGCCGCCCUCCGCCAGCCGCAGGAGAGCCGAGAAGGGGGGAGUGCGACGCCGGGAGCCCAGCGGCUGCGAGGCGGCGAUCCGAGGCCGGAGGCGAGGUGGGUGCCGCCCCCGCAUGUGCACCGGGAGGACAGCGCAGCCGAGCACGCCGCGGGUCCGUCAGCAUCUGGUAUACGCCGGGCCCGCUGCGUGGACGGGACGGCGCGGGCCGCUCCUACCCGGGCCGGCGGACCCAAGCACGGAGGGAGCGACAACAACUGGGGCUCUCCGCGGCGCUCGCGAUGCUACCGACUGUUGAAUAAGGCGGCGGAGGCGCCUGCAGCUACUACGCAGCCGCCGGAUUCACUAUCACGCACAGCACCUUUCCACUGGACGUGUCCAGGAGCAGAACUGGUGGCUGUGAGCACCUCUGACUUCAGGAACCUGGUAUCCCUGGACACCUAUAUCCAGAACACAGUGUCUGCCCUGUACCCUCCUUUUGAGGCCACUGCGGCCACAGUGCUCUGGCAGCUCUUCGGUGUGGCCAAGAGGCUCCACGGCGGGCACGGGCUGCGCUGCCUCACUGCCUUCCUGGUCCUGGCAGGGUGGGCCCUGCAGCGCCUGCAGCAAGAGGCCUGUGCCAGAUACACAGGCCUCAUCUUUUUCCACAAAGGCUGGCUGCUGUGCCUACACGAGAAGGUGGUGGUGCAGCUGGCAUCCCUCCAUGGAGUCAGGCUCAGGCCUGGGGACUUCUACCUGCAGGUCACAUCAGUGGGAACGCAGUCAGCCAGGCUGGUCUUAAAAUGCCUCUCCUGCCUGGGAAGAGGCUCAGAAGAAGUCACUGUCCCCAAGGCCAUGUACAGAUGCGUCAUCACUGGGUUUCUGGAAUGGGUCAACUGGGAGCAGAACAGUGUCCCCUUGCAAAACUGCUUGCUGACCUCGGGACUGGCCAUCUUCCGCACCCCAUGGAGCAAUGUCACCGACCUCAUCUUUGUGCCCACAACCUGGACAGUCCCACCUGCCUGCUCCAGCCACCCUGGGCCUGAGCAGCUGCCGCCUGGCAGCAUCUCAGAGGCUCCUCCCCGAGGGGACACCCCCGCCCCGCCCCCCUGCAGUGGGCAUCCCAGCAGCGGCGAACCCAGCCACAUCCCUUACCCGAGGGAAAGCCUCAGGACUCCAUCCGGGAGCUCUGAUGGAGGCCUUAUAAGGGUCAGCCCCUCAGAGCAGGACCCCAAAGGUCCAGGAGGAGGGCCGGGCCCCAUGGACAGGAAAGACGACCCCCAGGCCCUCACCCUCCUUGAAGACACAGGCAACCCAAGCUCCGUAAGGCAGCCAUUAGGGGACUCAGCUGGCAUGGAAGCCGGAUGCUGGUUCAGGAAGUCCUACGUGGAGGCCCUGCACAACCUGCCCUUGGGCACCAGCUCUGAGUCCCUUGGGGACAAGGCCUGGAGCUCCCAGACCAAGAGCCCUGGCGCAGCAGCCAGCCUGACCCGGAAAGACACCUCGGCUCGGGGAGACCACUGGGAGACCCCGAGCCAAGAGAGCAGCCCAGGAGUCACCGGGAGGACCCUUCCCAGGAGGUCUUGGUCCUGGGACAGGUCCCUCGGAAGCUCCCGAAGGGACACCGGGUGAGCUCCCAGAACUCAACCAGUGCCGGGCCCCAAGGUCUCUCAGGAGGGGAAGCUGUGGGGACCAGAAACGCAGGCUCCAGCCGCCCCUUGUGUGCCACUGCAGAAGGUCCUGGAUACCCCAGAG